AUGCAUGCGCUUCCCAAAGUCAUUGAUCCUAAAAACUUAUUGUCGAACAGAAGCUUUUAUAUUCUAGUAGCCAACUAUCCAAGAGUUGCAGAAUUCCUCGAAACAAACUACAAGAUGUAUAUUGACAUUCUCACUGAAAGGCUUACAACAGGAGAUGGCGAUUAUGUACGCACUAUGAUGGUUCUUGAACACAUUUUAUUAAUCCAUAAUCCAAUCCUUUCUUUGAGUGCAGAAGAGUCAACUUCAUUUUUCAAAUUACUUCUUGACCACAUCCAGAAAGGUUCAAUACUUACAUUAUUAAUUAACAUUGCUAAGCAUCAAGCUCAGCAAGAAAAGAAUUGGUUUGAUAUAUUCAAUUCCUGGGAAAUCCUAAAUGAAUACAUUUCAAAGCAAAUACCAGAAGUUUUCCAAGCUUCUUUAUACUAUAUCAAGACUUUCAAAAUUUCAUCCACAUUAUUAAGUCAAAUUUGCUCAGAACAGUCUCUCAAAUCAUUUUUACAGUAUGCUACUACAAGCGAUAACAAACAAAUAUCCGAACUCUCAUUUAAGUACUUAGUUUCAUCUGAAGAAAUCUUUUUCUCAGGAUCAACUCUUCAGAGGCCGAAACUUUUUGCAACAUCAAAGAAAACAAACAAUGAAACCAUUAGUUUGAAUGAAGAGCAGCAAAAGUUAUUAGCUUCAUUUUCAGAGUUUGUUAAAAGCGUUCAAUCUGAUGUUUCGACAUUUAUAACAUCAACACCAGAAUUCACAUCAAACAAAAAAGUUGCAGUCCAAUUCAUGUUAAAUUAUGAAGCUACUACAACAGUUACUACAGAACAGAUGUACAAAGUUCUUAUGUAUCUAAAUACAAACAUCACGGCAUUUCCAACAAAUAACUUCCUUGCGAUUUCAUUAGUUGAUGCUGUGAGAGAUGUUUCAUCCUCAUCAAACUUGAAUGAUUUUGAUCUACAACCUGUUGUUCAAAACAUCAUUUCAUUGACAUCAAAUAAGAAACAAAUUGCUGCAUCUUAUUGGGGAUGUCUCGAUAAGAUAGCAAAGAGAAUAAAUAAGCUUGUUGCCGACCAAAAGAUUUCACAACCUGAUACAUGGAAGAAUUUCAUUGACAACUAUUUGGAACCACGCACUAAAAUCUGCAAUGAGAAUUAUGGUGGAUUCGAUCCAGAGAAUUUCAAGUCCGCUCAAACAGCCAGAUAUUAUUGCAUCGAUGAACAAGAUACAUCGAAGCUUCCAAAGGAACUCCAGCCAAAACAAACUGCAGCUACUUCUGAUAAGAAGUAA